AUGGCAGGGCGCGUGACACGUCCCGUGUCCCAAAAGGACCUUCGCGACUGCUUCCCGCGAGAGCUCUACAAGCAGAUGGGCAAGUCAGUAGGUCACUUUUUCCAGCUUCAUGUGACGCGAAAAAUGUGGCACUCCACCGGAAUAAACUUGCUUGCUGGAAGUGAGGCGAAUGCGCCAACUGCAACGACAACUUGCUUCCCGGCGCGGGGACGGACCGACCAGCUGCAGAGCUAUAUCGCACACAUGGACGCAGCCGACAGGAACCGGUCGCACUUGCCAGUCGCGGCCACGAUCUGGCGAUAUGGCUGUGCCGCAUCAGCCGGGGUGGAGACGGACCUCCUGAUACGUGCCGCACAGAGCCGGGUAAGCUGUAGUAUACUUUCAACAGCGCUGCGCAGAAUAAAGCCGAGCGAGCGUGUGCUUACUUGA